AUGAAAUUUUCCACUAUUGUUUUAGCCCUUUCAUCAGUUGUGACCCUUGCUGCUGGUCACACUGUUCCUGGUUUAAAUCAACUUACUAAAUUAAAUAAGAGAGCCACUACCAAUCCAAUUGAUUCUAUUUAUAAUGAUUUAUCUGAUGUUGAGACUGAUUUCAUUAAUGAUCAUAUUACUAACUUAACCAGCUUUAAUGGUACAAAAUGUAAUGCUUGUAAGAAUAAAAUUAAGUAUGGUCAAACUUUACUUAAUGAAUAUCCAGACCAAUCUCAUUUAGUUAGUUUAUUACUUUAUAAAUACUGUUUGGUUUCUAACAACAAUACUGAAUCUAAAUGUGAUAAUACUGAUUUCUUCGUUACUACUAAUUCUGAUAAUUAUGAAAAUUUCAAUACUAGUAGUACUUCUGGUGUUACAUCUGUUGGUAGUGUUAAUUUCUACGAUAAUGAUUUCUUACACUUAUUGAAAAACUUUAAUGUCUCAAGUGAUUUGGAUUUAACUUAUUACUGUUACUUUAAGGGUAGUACUUGUGACUUACCUGAAACUCCCGAUGUUAAUGAAUUAUAUGGUGUUAAUACCUGGUAUCCUGCUAAGAAACCAGAAUAUAGCGUUGAACCUGCUUAUACAAACAACACAGAAAGAUUUAAUGUUCUUCAUAUUACUGAUUUCCAUCUUCAACAAUAUUAUCAAGUUGGUACUGAAAGUAACUGUACCUCAACUCCAUGUUGUUUGAAGACCUCUGUUGCUGGUACUUUACCAGGUAAAAAUUAUAACUUUACCGAUUACUACACCUCUCUUGAUCCAAACAACAAAAACUAUGGUAUUUCAUUUUAUCCUGAUGCUUACUAUGAUGAAAAUGAUAAUUACCACACUGGUGAAUACUAUGAUUUCCCAGCUCACCGUGGUUGGAAUUUCGAAAGUCUCCCUGCCACUUCAUUUGGUGGUUAUCUUUGUGAUAUUCCUGAAUUAUUGUUCAACAAUACCAUGAAGUAUGUCAGUCAAGCUCACGCUGAUAAAGAUUUUGAAUUUGUUGUUUUCACUGGUGACUUGGUCUCUCACGAUCUUUUAAACUGUGACCCACAAAUGACUAAAGAUGAAGAAAUCAUUUCUUUCAAUAUUAUGAAGCAUUACUUAAAAGAUAUCCCAGUUUUCCCAACUUUAGGUAACCAUGAUACCUUCCCUUAUGGUCAACUUGCUCCAUUACACUUUGACGCUAACAAUUCUUAUAAUUGGAAUGAAGUCUUAAUGAAUAACUUAUGGAACCAACUUGGUUGGUUAGCUGGUACUAAUGUUAGUACUCUUAACGAACAUUACUCUGGUUUUUCAUAUGUUACCCCAAGAGGUUUAAAGGUUAUUUCCUUAAACUCCAAUGCUUAUUACCAAAAGAACUUAUGGUCUUAUAUUGAUCUUUCAACUAAUGGUGAUUUAUUUGGACAAUGGCAAUUUUUAAUUGAUGAAUUAGUUGCUAGUGAAGAAAUUGGACAAAGAGUCUGGAUUAUGGCCCAUAUUCCAAAUGGUGAUUCUGAUGCCUUACCAUUACAAUCUAGAAUCUUCGGUCAAAUUGUUGAAAGAUUCUCUCCAUAUACUAUUGCCAACAUUUUCUACGGUCACACCCAUCAAGAUCAAUUCCACAUUCUUCACUCUUCUAACACUACCAGUGGUGAUACUGCUGCUGCUGAUAUUGUUAACAUGGCUUGGGUUUUACAAUCUGUUACUUCUAUCCAAUACUUAAACCCAUCCUGGAGAUACUACGAAGUUGAAAAUGAAUCAUUCAACAUCAUGAACUCUUAUAACUACUACACCAAAUUGAAUGAAACUUUCACUAACAGUGGUGCCGAACCAAACUGGAACUUUGAAUAUUCUGCCAGAGAUCUUUAUGAUCCAAACAGUACCUGGCCACUCAGUUCUCCAUUGAAUGCUACUUUCUGGAAUGAUUACGUCUUACAAAAGGUUGCCAAUCAAUCCGAUGUUGAAUUUAACCAAUUAUAUGCCGAUCUUCAAUACAGAUACUCCCCAGGUACUCCUAACUGUAAGAACGGUACUGAAGUUUCUAAGGCUUGUUACAAUGGUAACUUCUGUGUUCUUUCCAACUUCUACUCAGAUGACUACAUUAAUUGUCAAAUCUAAGUUCUUAGGCAGCAUUCUUUCUUGCUAUCAUAGCUCUUAUUAAAGCUUUUUUUAAUUCUUUCUCGUUACCUAUUUUAUUAUGUUUCUGUGAUUCUUCAACAACAAAAAAUAAAAGGAAAAAAAAAGACUAUUUCAGUGAUUUUUAUAGCCACUACAUCUUGAAGUUCAA